AUGGAGGAAACGUACGAUGCAAUUGUGUGCGGCACAGGGUUGACGGAGUGUGUUCUCAGCGGCCUCUUGUCGGUAAAUGGCUACAAGGUGCUGCACGUCGACCGUAACUCAUACUAUGGUGGCGAGGCUGCUAGCCUCAACCUUGAGCAGUUGUAUAAAAAGUUUGGCAAGGGCACGCCCCCUGAGGCAUUAGGCCGCAGUCACCUGUACAGUGUGGACCUCAUUCCAAAGGUGCUCAUGUGCGCUGGCGAACUCGUGAAGAUCCUCCGGGCUACCGUAAUUGAGAGGUAUAAUAUGGAGUUUAUGCUCAUUGACAACUCCUUCGUUAUGAAAAACGGGAAGAUAUCAAAGGUUCCGGCAACGGAGGCGGAGGCGCUAGUCUCUCCUUUGAUGGGGUUCUUCGAAAAGCGGAGAGGGGCGAAGUUGUUUGAGUUUAUUGGUGCCUACGACCCGAAUGUUCCAAAAACACACAAGGGACAUAACCUUCGCACAAUGACCAUGGCGGAUCUAUACAAAGAAUUCGGUAUUGGAAACGAUACUAUUGACUUCGUUGGCCACGCCGUUGCCCUGCACACGAACGAUGACUACCUUCAGCGUCCAGCAAUCGAAACUGUCAUGCGCUGCAAGCUGUACGAAGAGUCCUUCAACAUGUAUAACCAGUCGCCAUAUGUUUACCCCCUGUAUGGGAACGGUGAGUUGCCUCAGGCAUUCUCUCGUCUUUGCGCUGUUUACGGUGGGACCUACAUGCUUCAAACACCCGUCACAAAGGUGAACUUUAACGAGGCGGGCGUCUUUGAGUCCAUUGAAAGCGAGGGGAAAAAGGCAUUCGCCAAGCUUGUGGUUGGUGAUCCCUCCUACUUCCCUGAUCGAGUGAAGGUGUCGGGCAAAGUAGUUCGGUGCAUAGCCAUUAUGAAUCACCCGAUCCCAAACCUGAAACCAGAGUGCGCUUCGUGCCAAAUUAUCAUUCCACAAAAGGAGCUGAAGCGCAAGAAUGACGUGUACAUACUGCAACUUGGUGCUAACAACAAGGUGUGCCCCCCAGGUUACUAUAUAGCCAUCAUCGGCACAACUGUGGAGAAUGUGGCGGACCCCAUGAUGGACAUUCAACCUGGCUUAAAGGUCAUUGGUAGCACCAUCGAGACAUUUGUUUCAGUGUCAGACCUCUAUGAACCCCUCGAUGACGGUACGGCGAGCAAGUGUUUCAUCAGCAACAGUUUUGAUCCUGCAACACACUUUGAGAGCGCCGCCGGUAACAUUCUCGACCUCUUCAAACGCAUCCAUGGGAAGCCGUUUGACUUUGAGUGUAUGAAAAGCACUGCUUCCAACGAGGAUAGGUAG